GAUGGCCGGGAGCGGAAUGCCGCUCGGGACCAUCAUGAUCUAUUUCUGCUCCUACAUCUGCGUGCACGCGGCGUGCCAGGUCAUCACGUGCUCCCUGCCGAUGUUCGCGUCGGACCCCUCCUUCGAGGGCUGGACGACGGCGGACAGCGGAGCCCUGCUCGGGUACGCCUCGCUGGCUGCUGGCCUCGGCUUCGGUAUCUGGGGGCCCUUCGUGGACUACGUCGGCCCCCGCUACGGCCCCGCCGCCGGCCUCGGGCGCCCCCGCUGCUCCUUGCCAUCGCCGUCGUCAACGCCGUCGCCGUCGCCGUCGCCGUCGUUGUCGUCGCCGUCGCCGUCGUCGUCGUCGUCGUCGUCGUCGUCCAGUCCUCGCCGCCGCCGCCGCGGUCGCCGCCGCCGUCGCCGUUGCCAUAUGCUCCUCGGUGCUCGCUAG